AUGGAUCAGGUGGGUUCUGAAUCAUGGCCGAUUGGAAAACGUUUUAUUCCUGCGUUUUUGGGGCGCUUAUUCCUAAUUGUUUAUGCAAAGUUACAUGACUAUCUUUUUCAUGUAAGAAGUUGGAAGCCCAUAUAAUCGUUUUUUAGGUCAGAUUUACCGACAUUGAUUACCUUGUAUUUACGGAUGCGGCCAGACAUGUUUAUCACGGGAGGUCUCCAUUCGAUCGGGCCACUUAUCGAUAUUCGCCUUUCUUAGCAUGGAUUCUGACACCAAAUGUUUUCUUUUGGGACUUUGGUAAGUAUUUUAUUGCUAAUGAUUUUAGGAGGAAGUCCGUUAAGUUUGCUUUUAUCUUCCAGGGAAAGUACUGUUCUGUUUAACCGAUAUAUUUGUUGGGUGGUUAAUUUACGAGAUAGGGAAGGAGUCGAGGAAUUCUGCUUUAAUCGGUGCUCUUACUGCAUGCUGGCUGUUCAAUCCGUUCACUGCAAUUAUCUCUGCUCGUGGUAAUGCUGAUGUUAUUGUAUGUUCCGCAGUCCUCUUGACAUUGUUACUGCUGAAAAGAAACAAGGUAUCUCUUAUUAAGUUUUUAUUGUCAUUCUUUUAGUGGUUUUAUGCAGCGUUAGUUCAUGGAUUAUUUGCCAUUCAUCUGAAGAUCUACCCAGUAAUUUAUCUUCCGUCAGUGUUUUUAAAUUUGGCUGGAAUUACUUUAAAUGAUUCUUUUAAAACAUGGGUUCGAAAAUGUUUUACAAACUGGAGAGGUUUUAUUUAUAUACUGGUAUGUCUUUUUUAAAGAAGAUUAUGCUCAAUUCAGAUAAGUCUGCUCGGAUUUCUUGUACUUCUUGGCAUUGGGUUCCUCCUUUAUGGUGAGAAAUUCCUGGAGGAAUACUUCUUUUACCAUGUACAUCGGAAAGACGUAAAGCACAAUUUUUCUCCAUAUUUCCUUCCUUUAUACCUUGCGAGGGAUGAUGAAUUUUGGGCGAAAGUAAUUGGAUUUGGCGCUUUCGUGCCUCAAAUCUUUUGCAUAGUUAUUUUUGCUGUUCGGUAAGUCCGUCAGUCAGCACUGUAUCUGUUUAGACAUUUUGAUGAUCUUCCAAUGGCAUGGUUCUUGACUACUUUUUCCUUCGUUUCCUUUAACAAAGUAUGUACUUCCCAAUACUUUAUAUGGUACAUUUGUUUGUUACCAUUGAUUGCUUCCAAAGUUAAGGUAAGUUUAUAUUCAACCUCUAGUUUAUGUUUUAGUUAUGUUCAUUUCAAGUUUUGACUCUGAUUGCAUUAUGGUUUAUUGGUCAAGGGAUCUGGCUGUUGCCGGCUUAUUUUCUGGAAUUUAAGGGUAUCCCCUGCUUCGAAAUGAUCUGGGCCGCUUCACUUCUCUUCGCUUUCAUUAAUGCCUACAUAAUCAGAAAGAUUUCGCUCAACUAUUGCUUCACUCAACGAUCUCACUCAAAAAAGGACUAG